CGCGGCGGACCGCAGACUCGCUGCGGCACUGAGGAGCGUCCACGCGCACCGAGUUCUUCUCACGGCCACCAGCUUUUCUCCCAAUUUCACGGAUGGUGAACUUGUCCGUCGAGUUUUUAUCGAACAGUAAUCGUUUCAGUUGUCAAAAAGGAGCCAAAGACCCGUGUUUCCUCGAGGCCAUCAUGCUGAACACAGAGGAGAGUUCCUGGUUAUCGGGAUCCCGGUUGCCCGGCUCCAUCCCUCCGUCUCCGGGGCCUCUGUGGUGCUCCGAUGUCCCUCACCCACAGCUGAAGAUCCCGGGUGGGCGAGGGACGGUCAGGGAUCACUCUCUCGGAGUGCUACUACACAAGGACGAUAAGUUGACGGUGACGCAGGCUGCUCCAGCCGGUGGACGCCCCUCUUUCCUCCGCUUCCACUACCAGCUGAACGAGCGCCGCUCGGCCUCGUGGGACACGGCUCUAUCAGGACACAGCCUCUUCCUGGAGAUCCCUGCUGGGCUGCUGGCGGAGGGCAGCAAAGAAGGGCUAACUGCUCUGCUGGAGUUUGCGGAGGAGAAGAUCAAAGUCAACUAUGUGUUCCUGUGGUUCCAUAAAAACAGAGAGGAUCGAUUGUCCAUCAUCAAGACGUUCCACUACAUGGGCUUUGAGAUGGUGAAGCCGGGCCACCCCAUGGUACCGGCCCGGCCCGAUCUGGCCUUCAUGAUUUACUCUCUGGACAACAGCAGCAGCUCGGACGAGGAGUGACCUUGGGAUUUGGGCUUUUCUCCCUUUUUUCUUCUUCUUCUCUGCUCAGCGGUUCCUCUCGGCCACAUUGUUUCUCUGUGCUGCCAUCAACCAAAAGAACAGCUGUUUGACAUUGAGGAGAAGGUGUUUUACAUUAUAUCAGCACAUCUCUCCUCACAGCCUAGACCGUUUUAAACGGAAAAGACACUUUGGUUUGUCCUUUCACAUAUAAUAUAGAUUGGUGGAAGCCGGAUCACAUGUCACACUAAAUCACAUGUCAGCAUUUCUUUUCACUUCUUCUCCCCGAGGCGUCAUUCCAGCACACGUCAAUCACAAUCAGUUUAUUUUUUCCUUCUUUGCUGUCAUCAGCCCAAAAUACCCUGUUAGUCUGUCCAGACGUGUCGAAGACAAAACACAAGCUAAAUGUUGAGCUGGUAGAGGUAAACGCCUCUCCUCCUCCUCUGAGCAAUAAUCAACCCGUCAGGCUGGCGCUGAGUCAUUGACGGGAGGGGGGGCGUCUUGUUUCACUCUGCACGUCACAGAAUCAAAUGCUUAGUUUUGUUUAUUUUGUUAUAUCCAAAGCUGAAUAACUGCUGGAGUGAGGUGGGCGGGUUCAAAGAGAAGAUCUACAUAGUGUUACAUUUUUACUUUCCCCAGAAUGUGCUCAGAAACUGGAUGGAAGUUAUAAAAGCUAAAUUUCUCAUCCAGGUAGUGAAAGUGGGAGAUGACAGAAGUCAAGACGAACACAUGGUUUUGUAUGAAAAGAAUAGAAAUAUAGGAUGGAAGCGGCUCUGUGGAUUCACCAGUUGAAAGCUCGACUGUAACGAGGCUUGUUUUGUGCCUAAAGAGGAGAGUGCAAUGUGAAUAUUUUUACUCCUGAGUCUUAUGUGUCCAUUUCUCCCCAAACGCUUAAUCACAAGCAGAUUCAGACCCACGCUAUGAGAGGGGGAUUGGGAGGGGAGGGGGCGGGGCUUGUAAAGGUACAGCGGCAGCGCUUCAGGGGAUUUACAUGUAUGCAGGUUUAUUUUAGGUAAUAAAAUGCCAAAGAAUCCAUUCUGUCUGUUUUGAAAUCAUGCUUUUUAAAAAUGCAGCCUCCUGAAGUUUGGUAUGUAAAGCAAAAGCAAUAUUAUAACCAACAUUCCCCAUGCCAGCCGCAGAGAGAGCCGACGGCAGUCAGUUCCAUGUUGGGACGGGGCGGGGGUCUUUUCUUCUUCUGCAUGUGUUCAGAUCAUACGAGUCUACUGAUUGAGCCCCUGACUAUAAGCUGUUAGGAAAUGUCCAUAUGGAACUUUUCUCAGAGGUAUAUUUUUAUGUACGUAUAUUUCUCAAAUGUUUACUGUGAUAGUUUAGGGAUUUCUUUUAUGGUGUCAGUGUAUUAGUUAGCAACCUUUCAAUGACGAUCCACACUUGUAUACUUUUUUUUGUCUUGGAGAGGUUUGGAAAAAUAAAACUUGUUAUCUUAAUCGA